AAAUUAGCUCUUCUACAAAGAGGACACUUGGUCUGUAAAAGGGUCCAAAGCUUAGUCAGUCCCUAAAAUUGAUUGACCCGCUCCAGACUGUACUGCGCAGGCGCCCGCUACCUAUGCGCUCUCUCCGGACGCCCAGCUCAGACAAAGUCAAUGUGAUUUUAAUUUGAAGCAAAACUGAAAUGGGUUCUUCUUCCUCAUUCUAUUCAUAUUGCUUUUUGAUGGCCAUGGCAUAAGAAACUUUAUCCCAGGAGUACAGCUUUGCAUUAGCACCGAACAAGAUUUGUGAUGAAAUGGAGCCUGGAGCAAACUCUUUUCGGGUAGAAUUUCCUGAUUUUUCCAGCACCAUCCUACAGAAACUGAACCAGCAGCGCCAGCAAGGACAAUUAUGUGACGUCUCCAUUGUUGUCCAAGGCCACAUUUUCCGGGCACACAAAGCCGUUCUCGCUGCCAGUUCACCCUACUUUUGUGACCAGGUACUCCUGAAAAACAGCAGGAGAAUUGUUUUGCCUGAUGUGAUGAACCCAAGAGUGUUUGAGAACAUUCUCCUAUCUAGCUAUACAGGACGUCUAGUAAUGCCCGCUCCAGAAAUUGUUAGUUACUUGACAGCGGCAAGCUUCCUCCAGAUGUGGCAUGUGGUAGACAAGUGCACUGAAGUUUUAGAGGGAAACCCUACAGUCCUUUGUCAGAAGCUAAAUCAUGGCAGUGACCACCAGUCACCAAGCAGCAGUAGUUACAAUGGCCUGGUAGAGAGCUUUGAGCUGGGCUCAGGGGGUCAUACUGAUUUUCCCAAAGCCCAAGAACUGAGGGAUGGUGAAAAUGAAGAGGAGAGCACCAAAGACGAGCUGUCAUCCCAGCUCACCGAGCACGAAUACCUGCCCAGCAACUCGUCCACAGAGCAUGACCGCCUGAGCACGGAAAUGGCGAGCCAGGAUGGGGAGGAGGGCGCCAGCGACAGCGCCGAGUUCCACUACACCCGGCCCAUGUACAGCAAGCCCAGCAUCAUGGCUCACAAACGCUGGAUCCACGUGAAGCCCGAGCGCUUAGAACAGGCUUGCGAGGGCAUGGAUGUGCACGCGGCCUACGACGAGCAUCAGGUCACAGAGUCCAUCAACACCGUGCAGACCGAGCACACCGUCCAGCCUUCGGGAGUGGAGGAGGACUUCCACAUCGGGGAGAAGAAAGUGGAAGCCGAGUUUGAUGAACAGGCUGAUGAAAGCAAUUAUGAUGAGCAGGUGGAUUUCUAUGGCUCCUCCAUGGAAGAGUUUUCCGGAGAGAGGUCGGACGGGAACCUCAUUGGGCACAGACAGGAGGCUGCCCUCGCAGCAGGCUACAGUGAGAAUAUUGAAAUGGUAACAGGGAUUAAAGAAGAAGCUUCCCACUUAGGAUUCUCAGCCACCGACAAGCUGUAUCCUUGUCAGUGUGGGAAGAGUUUCACUCACAAGAGUCAGAGAGAUCGGCACAUGAGCAUGCACCUCGGUCUGCGGCCUUACGGCUGUGGCGUCUGCGGUAAGAAAUUCAAAAUGAAGCACCACCUCGUGGGCCACAUGAAAAUUCACACGGGCAUAAAGCCGUAUGAGUGUAAUAUCUGUGCAAAGAGGUUUAUGUGGAGGGACAGUUUCCACCGGCAUGUGACUUCUUGUACCAAGUCCUACGAAGCUGCAAAGGCUGAGCAGAAUACAACUGAGGCUAACUAAAAAUAGGAUCUGGCCCUUGAGUGGCAUGCACAAAAAUAAACUAUGGUAAUUAAUGCAAAUCUGGGCACAGAUGAUGCGUGCUACUUGCUAUUAUGAGAGAAGCUUAAAAAAAAAAGGAAGAUAUUUCUGAAAGACCAGCUCUAAGUAGGCCAAUUAAAAAAAAUCUAAUUCCUCAAAUUUGUGUGUUCCAGUCCUGGCCUGGAAUGGGUAAUGGGGUGAGUUAACCCACCGCCCAGCUGGCAAGGGAAACCUUCUGACCGGUUGUGAUUGAAACAGGUGGACAGAGACACCUGCACUUGGAACUGGACUCCACCCACCAGUUCCGUUUCGGGUGGCAGCAGCUUUGGAUCACUCAUUACUACAAGGUCAUGCUGAAAUUUUAUUUUGCUCUUGCUAUAGAUACUUAGGUAAUGUGGAUUUGUUUUGAUAGCUAUUUCCCUGAAGGAAGUGCUACUUAUAUAAAAGCUACAACUAAUGUGAUUCCUAGGAUGAGAAAUUGGUUAACAGAGCUCUGUUGUCUGGUUUUAUUCUUUCUAAAGGAUAUUUUCACUAAAACUAUGGAGAUGCUAAGAGAAUGACGUUCUAAAUAUGAAACAGAUAACUUACGGUACAAGACUGACAUAGUGCCCUUGUCAGUUUCUGUAAGAUGCCACUACUGUCACAAGGUGUUUCAGACUCUUGAUAAGGCAGUGUUUUGUAUUUUAGUUCUAACAUUGAGUUUGAACAGUUGUAUCUAAUUGUAAUUCUCUAGGGUGCCAGAGAUAGGUAUUUCUCAUUGGUUUGCUUUCCCAAAUCCUGUUUGGUUAAUUGUAGCCUCCAUGCAGUGGGGUCUGCUCUGUGGCUGGUAGACACCAAGCUGCUGUGACUGACCACGGUACCACGGGCCGCUGCAGCCCCUGCUCUGUCUUAGAUUAUGGUGCUUUACAAAGAGGGUGGUCCAUGACCACACUUAGUGGGAAGGAGCCCCAAGUUGUGGCUGAGAGUUCCCUGUGAACUUUGGCAGUUCAUAGAGUGCUAAGGUGACACUCCACCAACCAGAGUGAGAGGGCAGAUAGGCAGGAUUCUAUGAGUGAUCAUACUUAAGGGGAAAAAACGUGCCCAAGGAGAAUCUUGAAAAUACACUCUUUCAAGGUGGGGGAGAUACUCUUUAGGGGGUACACUGAGCUAAUACUGCCAGUUCUUUAUGAGCGCCGGAAUGUGCUUUUAAAAGGAGUCCUAAGUUUAGCAAAGUAGUCUACAGAAUCAUGCUCCCAAAUUAUAGAUAAAGCUGCUUAAACUUACAAGUCCACAAAGCUAUGCCGACCAGAAAA